AUGGUUGAACUGGAGAAGGACGUGCUGCCGUUACCCCCACGAUACCGGUUUCGAGACCUGUUGCUCGGGGACUGGCAGGCCGAUGACAGAGUCCAAGUGGAGUUUUAUGUGAAUGAAAAUACGUUCAAGGAGCGCCUCAAGUUGUUCUUCAUCAAAAACCAAAGAUCCAGUCUGCGGGUGCGAAUGUUCAAUUUUUCCUUGAAAGUGCUAAGCUGCCUCCUCUACAUCGUCAGAGUGCUGUUGGAUAACCCAGAAGAAGCCAGACAAGACUGUGUGAGCGGAGUCAACUGUACCAAAGUGAACGCAUCCUUUCAGCGCUGGAAUGAGUUUGACUGGAAACUAAUCAUCUGGGUGGAUAGACCUCUACCACUCUGGGCCUUGCAGGUUCUUGUGGCAUUUAUCAGCUUCUCAGAGACAAUGUUGCUUCUAUAUCUAAGUUAUAAGGGCAACGUCUGGGAGCAGGUCUUGCGUGUCCCGUUCAUUCUGGAGAUGAUCAGCGCUGUUCCCUUCAUGAUCACUGUGAUAUUGCCCUCCUUUAGGAAUCUCUUCAUCCCAGUUUUCCUCAAUUGCUGGCUGGCCAAACAUGCUCUGGAGAAUAUGAUAAACGACCUCCACAGAGCGAUUCAGCGCACCCACUCAGCCAUGUUUAAUCAGGUGGUGAUCCUCAUCAGCACGCUGGUCUGCCUUAUGUUUACAUGUAUUUGUGGAAUCCAACACCUGGAGCGGGCGGGGAACAACUUGACACUGUUUGAUUCUCUGUACUUCUGCGUGGUCACGUUUUCUACGGUGGGCUUUGGAGAUGUCACACCCCAGAUCUGGCCCUCACAGCUCCUGGUUGUUAUCAUGAUCUUUGUGGCACUCAUUGUUCUGCCUAUCCAGUUCGAACAGCUGGCCUUUUUGUGGAUGGAGAGGCAGAAGUCUGGAGGAAACUACAGCCGCUACCGGGCCCAGACCGAGAAGCACGUGGUCUUGUGUGUGAGCUGCCUCAAGAUCGACCUCCUCAUGGACUUCCUCAAUGAGUUUUUCGCCCAUCCCCGGCUCCAGGAUUAUUAUGUCGUGAUCCUGUGUCCGGCUGAGAUGGAUGUGCAGGUUCGGAGGGUGCUUCAUGUUCCUCUGUGGGCCCAAAGAGUAAUCUACCUUCAAGGCUCUGCUCUGAAGGACCAGGACCUCAUGAGGGCAAAGAUGGACGAUGCUGAGGCCUGCUUCAUCCUCAGCAAUCGCUUCGAAGUGGAUCGCAUCGCGGCUGAUCACCAGACAAUCCUGCGGGCCUGGGCGGUGAAGGACUUCGCUCCAAACUGCCCCCUGUAUGUGCAGAUCCUCAAACCAGAGAACAAGUUCCACGUCAAAUUUGCAGAUCAUGUGGUGUGUGAAGAGGAGUUUAAAUAUGCCAUGCUGGCCCUCAACUGUGUGUGUCCAGGAACCUCCACCCUCAUCACACUGCUCAUCCACUCCUCCAGGGGACAAACUAAUCCCCAGGAAGGAUUCAAGCCACGUGUGGGAGCAUUUCAGGCCCUCAACAGGGAGAGUGGGGUGUCCACAGCUGACCAAUGGCAUCGCACGUACCGCCGCUGCUCGGCCAAUGAGGUGCACCACAUUCGCCUGGAAGAGAGUAAAUUCUUUGGAGAGUAUCACGGCAAGAGCUUCACUUUUGCAUCAUUUCAUGCACAUAAAAAAUACGGGGUAUGUUUGAUAGGAGUGCGGAGACUAGACACGACCAACAUCCUGCUGAACCCCGGGCCAUGCCACAUCAUGGGCGCCUCCGACACGUGUUUCUACAUCAACAUUUCCAAAGAAGAAAACUCAGCCUUUGUGCGAGGUCACCGGGAGCCAUCCUGGGGCAGUGGGGGAGGAAAUGGAAGAGGGGUCCACCAAAGUAUCUAUCAUGGACUCACGCGGCUCCCAGUCCACAGCAUCAUCGCCAGCAUGGGCACUGUGGCGAUUGACCUCCAUGACUCGAGUGACAGCAGUCCGGAGGGACAGGAUGUGGGCACAGGCCUGGGCAGUGGCAGGGGCAGCAGAAGCAGCUCCAGGACAGAGAUGAGUGGGGCGAACACUCUCGCUCUGCCCGCCAUGGGGGAGUCUGCGGAGGAAAGGAGGCACAGCAUCGCCCCUGUCCUGGAGCUGGUAGAUGGAGUCAGCCACCCAACCUUUGACCUGUUGGGGGACCAGUCUGAGGAUGAGGGGGAGGGCGAAAGUAAAGAGGACAGCGACAGAGAUGAGAGCGCGUACUGGUGGGCACGCCACUGCGAGUGGGUGAAAGGGUACCCUCUGAACUCCCCGUACAUCGGCAGCUCACCCGCGCUGUGCCAUCUGCUUCAGGAGAAGAUGCCUUUUUGUUGCCUGCGCAUGGACAAGGCCUGUCACCACAUCCCCUUUGAGGACGCACGCUCGUACGGCUUCAAAAACAAACUGAUCAUUGUGUCUGCAGAGAGCGCAGGCAACGGCCUGUACAACUUUAUAGUGCCUCUGCGCGCCUACUAUAGACCCAGGAAGGAGCUCAACCCCAUUGUGCUGCUACUGGAGAGCAUACCUGAAGCUGACUUCCUUGAGGCAAUAUGUUGGUUCCCCAUGGUCUUCUACACAGUGGGCUCUAUUGACAAUCUGGACAGCUUGUUGCGAUGCGGAGUCACAUUUGCAGACACCAUGGUGGUAGUGGAUAAGGAGAGUUCGAUGAUCGCAGAGGAGGACUACAUGGCAGAUGCCAAGACGAUUGUCAAUGUUCAAACGCUUUUCAGAUUGUUCCCAGCUCUCAGCAUCAUCACAGAGCUCACACACCCAGCCAACAUGCGCUUCAUGCAGUUCAAAGUCAAAGACCAUUACUCCCUGGCUCUGUCCAAACUCGAGAAGAAGGAAAGAGAAAAAGGCUCCAACUUGGUGUUCAUGUUUCGCUUGCCCUUUGCUGCAGGGAAGGUUUUCAGUGUUAGCAUGCUGGACACCCUGCUGUACCAGUCAUUUGUAAAGGACUACAUGAUCUCCAUCGCCAGACUGCUUCUCGGCCUGGAUUCCAUGCCUGGGUCGGGAUUUCUAUGUGCCAUGAAAAUAACAGAAGAUGAUCUAUGGAUAAGAACUUAUGGACGUCUUUACCAGAAAUUGUGCUCCUCCACUGGAGACAUUCCCAUUGGGAUUUACAGAACAGAAGCACACAAGUUACCAGUGUCAGAGUCCCAAGUAUCCAUCACAGUAGAGGACUAUGAGGACACCAGGGAGAGCAGAGAGCCUCUUCUAUCAGGCUCUCACCGAAACUCCACCUCCUCCGAGCCCAUCUCUUCCUCCUCCUCAUCCCACACUACGGAUCACCCACUGCUGAGGAGGAAGAGCAUGCAGUGGGCACGCAGGCUGAGCCGAAAAGGUGGGAGGUCAUCCAGCUCAGCCAAGGGGGGUCCUGGGAGCGCAGCAGAGAGGAUCAGCCAGCAGAGACUCACCCUGUUCAGGCGCUCCGAGAGACAGGAGCUAAACUCCUUAGUCCGGACCAGAAUGAAACACUUGGGACUGUCUCCCACUGGAUUCAAUGGGAUGACUGACCAAGGCAACAGACUAUCCUACAUUCUCAUCAACCCUUCUCCGGACACUCGACUGGAGCUGCACGAUGUUGUGUAUUUAAUCAGACCAGAUCCCCUCUCAGUUGUGCCCAAUCAGGGAAACAGCCGGAAGUGCAGCGCAGGUCUUUCCGAUACCCACCGGUUUGAUACACCGGACAGCACCCAUCUGUGAGAAACAGAAAAAUAAACAAACAUACUGUCCCAAUAUGGAAUAAGUAACAAAUCAAGACUUAAUUUCACUGGAGAAUAGAUGGCACAAGCACAAAUGUAAUGCUGAACUCAGAAGUGCCAGACAUGCAUGGACCUUUUCUAUAAUAACAACCGGGAAUGUUUUAUGUAUGCACCUUCAGAUUUUAAAGCGGAGAGCUGCGGACACAAGUGCAUUUAUGAGAAAAAAGCAUAUUUAUUUAUUUGUAUGUAUGUGCAUGUUACUGCAUCAUGUACUGCAUCGCGUACUGUAUGUGCCGUACGAAUGUAUACAUGUGAGGAAGUAUACAACAAUCACAUGAGAACUGUGGGAGAACAGAAGAGUUGGGGACACUAGCUAACCUUUGUAAUCCUACUCCUUAUUUAUUUAGUGAUAAGUUGACUGCAUGUGUUAAGUAUUAUGCUUGCUGAUGAUGGCGCAUAUGUUUUCAGGCCAAUCCUAUCACUCUUUGUUAUUUUUUAUUCAGGUUUGGCACUGCCUUGUGACUCAAUUUGAUUACAUUAUAUGGCAAAGUUUCUCUACAAAUUAACUGAAAGGUAACAACCAACAAGGGUAGGCAUUAUUUACAAUGGACAAGGUUAUGAUUAGUCUACAAAAAAUUACUCAAUAUCAGUCAAAGUCAAGCCAAACAUGCAAGUGCCAGCCUGUGUAACAUCCUCUUUAUACCUCUAUCAUACCCAUUACUUCCGCCUCUUAAAUUGGCUAUGGUAUUCUUAAUCUGAAUUUUAAUCAGUGUCCACAGCUCCAAAAUUCUCCCACAGUAUCCAGAAAGAGCAAGACACUGCCAAUUUCUCCCCUAGAGGCCAAAUGAAAGAUGUCCUUCUAUGUUGUGGGUGUGUUUUUGUCACACUAAAUGUUGUAUUCAAAUGUGACUUAAAUGACUUGUUAGAUUUUUAUAAUAUUUAUUUGUAUGUGUCGCUUACAUCCUUUGUUUCACCAGCAGUGGGGGGAUACAAAUAGUGUCACAAAUUGAGAUGAUUGACCCUUUGACCAUGGAUUGUCAGUGCAGGACAUUGAGUUACAUUGAUUAUGUGUCUUGUUUGGAUGUAAGUACACAAAUUCUCCUUUGAUUGGGCUCUUUCUCGUACU